AUCGUAGGGAGCGCUGCCUUUAACUCCUAUGACGAAUCGCACAACUCGACCUGCCUACCAGGGACUCGGGUCGAGCUGAUCCAGCAGAUUCUGGACUGGGCCGGUAGUAAAGACGGGAAGCCCAUCUUCUGGUUGAAUGGAAUGCUUGGGACGGGCAAGUCGACUGUCUCGCGGACAAUCGCCCAGUCACUGUAUAGAGCCGGUCGUCUUGGAGCAAGCUUCUUCUUCAAGCGAGGCCACAGUGACCGUCAGAACGCGGCAAGGUUCUUCACCACGAUUGCUGAUCAACUUGCAAGAAUGCAGCCCGCUAUGGCCGAUUCCAUCAAAGACGCAGCCCGCACCGAUCCCAGCAUUGGCAGCAAGGGGGUGGAAGAGCAAUUCUACCAGCUCAUCUUGCGGCCUCUAUCCGCACUUCCCAAAGAGAAUUGGAAGGGGAAGCAGGUCGUCAUAAUUGUCGAUGCUCUGGACGAAUGCGGGCAGGAGGAUGACGCAACCGAGAUUCUUCGUCUCCUGAGCCUUGCUGAGCCAUGGCUCAGAGUCUUUGUCACCAGUCGGCCGGAGUUCCCGAUCUACCAAGGAUUCAUCAACAUCAAAGGACAGGUUCAGGAUGUGGCUUUCAAUGCUAUACCACGGACUAUGAUCAAGCAGGACAUAAAGGUUCUGAUAACGUACCGACUGAAUGAAAUCAGAGACAGGUUCAACAGAACCAAGCAGCGCCGGGCCCCCCUCGACCAAAGCUGGCCUCGGCAGGAUCACAUCGAUGCCCUGGCAGAAAUGGCAACCCCGCUCUUCGUCUAUGCCGCCAUGAUGUGCAAUUUCAUUGAUGAUAUACGUUGCGGAUAUCCCAAUUCCCAACUACGCAAAGUCUUGGGAUGGAAGGCCGAGAACUCGAAGACGAGACCGGAGACCAAGCUUGACGAAGCUUAUCUGCUCUUGCUUAACCAGCUGCUCGCCAGCAUUGCAAAAGAAGGGCGCGAUACGUUUCUAGAAGAGUUCCGAUGCAUUGUGGGCUCCAUCGUCCUCCUUGGAAGUCCUUUACCGAUGCCUGUCCUGGCGAAGCUCCUUGGGCUCCCCUUCGAAAGAGUUGACAUCACAUUGAACAUGCUUCGCUCUGUCUUGGACAUCCCGCCGUCAGAUGAAGCUCCUGUCAGGCCACUACAUGUGUCUUUCGGCGACUUUCUGGUGAGAGAGGCGAAGAAGAGGCAUACUUUCUGGAUUGACGAAGCAAAAGCUCAUGGCGCAAUAGCAGCUCGGUGCUUGCACGUAAUGAACCAGUACUUCGAGCCUGACUUGCAACCGUUAGGUGGGGAAGUGUCCAUGAUGGAUUGUGAGGAGGCUGAUGCAAGCAAUGAGGUACAGACUGCCGCAGUCCGGUACGCAUGCCUACAUUGGGUCUUCCAUCUUCAAGGAGCAAAGGGCGGUGGCCAUGACGUGUAUGGAGGCGCUCUUUUGUUUCUCGAGAAACAUUUUCUACACUGGCUUGAGGUGUUGAGCGAGAUGCAUCAAGUGCCAGAGAGCAUCAAAAUGCUGAAGACCCUACAAACUCUUCCUCAGAUAAACGACGACAAAGGCAAGCUCUCUGCUUUCGUAGGUGAUGCUCUGCGUAUCCUGCGAGCCAAUCUGCAAAUCAUCAUCGACGAGCCUCGCCAAUUGUACUCUUCCGUCAUUCUAUUUGCUCCGGACGAAAGUAUCAUCAAGAGGCUCUUCGUGGGAUCCAUGUGUAUCCAGGUAUCUCCCAAGCCAAGAGUCGAGAGCCGUUGGAAUCAUCGCAUGCAAAUCCUCGAAGGCCACACCGAAUCAGUCCUGUGUGUGGCCUUUUCACACGACUCACUGCGUGUGGCAUCCGCUUCGAGAGAUCACACUGUUCGACUCUGGAGCAUCGAUACAGACGAGGCCGUGAUUCUGAAGGGCCACUCUCGUCCUGUGUAUGCCGUAGUCUUUUCUCAUGACUCAUUGCAUGUGGCAUCGGGUGCAGGAGACUCGACUGUCCGCGUGUGGCGUACUGAGUCCGGCCAAUGCAUCCAAACACUUGACAACAGUCAUAAGGGGCGUGUCAUGUGCAUGACUUUUUCGCAUGACGCGUUGCUCUUAGCAUCAGCUUCCGACGACUGCUCAGUGAAGCUCUGGAAAACGCAAGGAGGUGACUUGAUCCAGGAAUAUGCAGACUAUCCGGGCGUUGUGACUGCUAUAGCCUUCUCACACGACGCAUCACUCAUGGCCUUGGCUUCAGACGAUCACACCAUUCGGCUACACUGCACCAUUGCAAUGAAAUGCGUUCAAGAGUUCCAUAAUCCGGGCUCUGAAGUUACCUCUGUGGCAUUCUCGCAUAACUCGUCCACCAUAGCAUCGGCUUCAGAAGACCACUCCAUCCAACUCUGGCAGGUCAAUCUAAGAGGUGAGCAUGAACAAGAACUUGGAGACCAUGAGGGCUCUGUGACUUCCGUGACCUUUUCGCACGACUCAAAGCUUCUUGCAAGCACGUCGGGGGCCUGGAUUCGUUUAUGGGACUUUGCCACAGGUGAGCGCAUCCAGGCGUUUGAUACUGGCAACUCGUCGAUAUCCCAACUAUCUUUUACCUGUGAUGACUUAAGCAUCGUCACAAAUAUCGGCAUGUUCACCAGGGCGACAAAUGAGGGUCAAUUCCAUGUCGAUGGCUAUGGAUUCACCGACGGCCUCUCCUGGAUCACGCACAAAGGGGACAAGCGGCUUUGGCUGCCAAAGGAUUGGCGGCCAACUUGCAGUGCUGUAAGCAGCAUGUCAACUUUAGCAAUAGGCUGUGCCUCGGGGAAAGUCUGGAUUAUG